CAAAACGAGUUGAAGUCUUUGCGCCGCAAUAUUGCGGACAAACGCGUUCAGAUCGACAGACUUCGCGAUGACCUCAAGAAAGACGCCAAACGGAAGGAGGAACUGGAGGCCAAGAUUGAUGAAUUGACAAAAGAGUUGGAGAACAACAGAUCGAGUAUUGAUAAUCAAAACAAGACUUUCUAUGAAACGAAGAAAAAGAAGGAUUCGCUUCAAAACGAGAGAAAUGAUCUGUGGCGUCAGGAGAACUCAAUCCAACAAAACCACAAUAUGUUGAUCGAGGAAAAGGCCAAAAAAGACCAACUCUUGCGCUCAAUGGUCGGUAAGACGAUUCUGAACGGCAGGGAUUCGGUGCGCAAAGUGUUGCAACUGUUACGG